AUGAAUUUCGAAGCUUCUGAUUACCUUAAUGACUUGAAUGUCGAUUUCGGGAACGUUUCUCCCACACUUUCGUCAAAUACCUCCACGUCGCCAAACGACUUGUACUUAUUUUCUCAAUCCGAAUUUUUAGACUUAGAUGUCUUUGCUAGAGAUUCAGCUGCUCCCGCUAAGGAUGUUGCCGUAAAGCUCGAAGAACGUCCAGAGCCAUUGGGAGUGUAUGGUGAAGACAACGAGCAAGAUAUGGGACCUAACUCUAACUCCAGCGACAUGAAACGUAAAAGAAAUACGGCCGCUUCAGCUAGAUUUAGAAUCAAGAAGAAGAUGAAGGAGCAACAAAUGAUCCAACAGAGCAAGGAUUUACAGGAAAAGGUACAAGCUUUGGAGAAAAAAUUAAAGACGGUAGAAAUGGAGAACAAAUGUUUGAAGAGCUUAAUUGCUCAGCAAAACGAAAAACGCAAUAGCGAUUGGUUGGAACAAAUAAAGAAGCGUUCUAUCAUGGAUGCUUCUUCCACGCCGUUCCAGUACACCAACUAG